AUGCAUGUGUGCGUGCCCGGUGAAAUGCAACUUGUUCUAAGGAGUAGAGACGCGGCAGGGCUCGGGAACGUUUGGUGUUCUCUAGCAACUUUCAUUAAUAUUUUAUUAUUUUCUCAUCAACUGUCCGUCGCCAUUUUGAAAAAAGUUUUUAGUGCUUUCGAAUUUCGGCAACCUAGGCCGAUGACCUCUCCGGCCGCGUUCGUGGAAAGAGCCGUCGUCCCGCGGACUAGGGCUUCUAAUCCCGUGCACGCCACCAAGGGCACGACAGCUGGCGCGCUCUACUUACCCCUUUCUAAGAACUUACCGCCCUACUAUAGUCAACCGGAAGCAUUAAUUACAAUUAGGAUUUGUAGUUCCAGCCAUUAG